ACCCACAACAUCGUUCUGUGGGUAAACAAGUGUUUCCUGAGUCUGAACGGAAUCCCACUUAAAAGUCGUUCUCCUUCCUCUUCGCAGCUGUUAUAUAGUACUAUUUUCAUUUCAUAUGUUUAUGCACCUCUAUAUAUACAUAGACACAUGUAAAUGGUUGCAAAGGAAGAUAAGAUAGGUACCAGCUAUCACAUAGUUUAUUUAAUCCGUUAUAUGCCACCUGAUAUAUAGGCAUAUUAGCUAGUUAGGUAGGUAUAGUAGUUUAAGUUAAUUCAACCAUGGAAGACAGGGAUCACUGUUGUUCCAACAAUUCAACGAUGAUCACAACAACAAAGAAAAGAACGGGUAGAAGAAGUCCAACAUCGGAUAAGCUCAAGAAUCAACACCGCGAGAAGCAGUCGAUGAAACCUUACCGUGGAAUAAGGAUGCGGAAGUGGGGGAAGUGGGUGGCGGAGAUCAGAGAACCCAACAAAAGGUCGAGGAUAUGGUUGGGUUCUUACACGACACCCGUGGCCGCCGCACGUGCCUACGACACCGCUGUCUUUUACCUCCGGGGUCCCACCGCGCGCCUUAACUUCCCCGAACUCUUGUUCCAGGACGACGACCAGGAGGGCAGUGAUUCGGUGCAGCACGGCGCAGCAGGGAACAUGUCCGCUGAUUCCAUUCGCCGAAAAGCCACGCAAGUCGGCGCCAGAGUCGACGCUCUCCAAACCGCGCUUCACCACCACGCGCCAAGUACCAACUCUCUCAAUCUCAAGCCCGACUUGAACGAGUUUCCAAAACUCGAAGAGCUUCAAGAUUGAUAUAAAUCAAAUAUCAAUAUCAAUCAAUAUAUUUAAUUUCCUAAGUUCUUUAUUAAUAUAUAGUUUUAUGUGUGUAUAUAUAGAUGAUGAUGCCUCGGAGUUGGGGCUUGAAACUAAUUAACCCCUUCCCUUCCCCUUAAUUUAGAUAUAUCCCUUUUCUUGUUUUUCCGUAUCUUCAAUCAUAAUAUCAAAUCAAAGAAGUAUUAUUAUUUUCUA